UGAACACAGGUACUUCCGGUUGUUACGGAAGUGGGACUUCGCGCUCCUCCCUCGGCGGCCAGGCAGAGUGACAGGAUGGCCGAGCGGAUGGCGCGGCUGCUGCUGCUAACCGUGACAGUGGGGCUCGCGUGGGGCUCCCAGGGCGACCGCGAGCCGGUGUACCGCGACUGCGUGCUCCGGUGCGAAGAACGGAACUGUUCGGGGGACGCACUGAAGCACUUCCGCUCUCUCCAGCCAAUCUACAUGAGCCUAGCUGGCUGGACUUGUCGGGAUGACUGCAAGUAUGAAUGCAUGUGGGUCACUGUUGGCCUCUACCUUCAGGAGGGUCACAGAGUGCCUCAGUUCCAUGGCAAGUGGCCCUUCUCCCGGUUCCUGUUCAUCCAAGAGCCAGCUUCUGCCGUGGCCUCACUCCUCAAUGGCCUAGCCAGCCUGGUGAUGCUCUGCCGCUACCGUGCCUCUGUGCCAGCCUCCUCUCCCAUGUACCAUACCUGCAUGGCCUUCGCUUGGGUGUCCCUCAAUGCAUGGUUCUGGUCCACGGUCUUCCAUACCAGGGACACUGACCUCACAGAGAAAAUGGACUACUUCUGCGCCUCUGCUGUCAUCCUGCAUUCUAUUUACCUGUGCUGUGUCAGGACCGUGGGCCUGCAGCACCCGUCAGUGGCCAGUGCCUUCAGAGCCCUCCUGCUGUUUCUGCUGACGCUGCACAUCUGUUACCUGAGCCUCAUCCACUUCGACUACGGCUACAACAUGAUGGCCAACGUGGCUAUAGGCCUGGUGAACCUGGCAUGGUGGAUGGCCUGGUGCCUGCGGAACCACCGGCGCCUGCCUCACACACGCCGGUGUGUGAUAGUGGUGCUGCUGCUGCAGGGCCUGUCCCUGCUGGAGCUGCUCGACUUCCCACCCCUCUUCUGGGUCCUGGACGCCCAUGCCAUCUGGCAUAUCAGCACCAUUCCUGUCCAUGUCCUCUUUUUCAGAUUUCUGGAAGAUGACAGCCUGUACCUACUGAAGGAAUCUGAAGCCAAGAUCAAGCUGGACUAAAGACCCUGGAAAGGUGUAGAUGUUCCUCGUUCCCGAUGCUCCCCCCUUCUCCCCCUGUGAGAUGAUUGUUUUUCUCCUUUUAGCUUCUGGAACUUGUACACCCUGUCUUGGGUGUGGCCUCCUCACAUCUGGACAGUGAAUAGGCAGCCCUCCUGUGCCUGGGGCUGAGCUGGGAGCGAAGUUUCUGUCUCCUCAGCCACUCCCUUUCCCACGUCACUCACCCCGUAGUACCACCCCAAGUACCUCCACUUACCCAAAAUGCCACACCCACAGGCCUUUGGGGCACAUUGGGGUCUCUUUUUUGUCAGGGAGCCACUAGGUGGCACUGGAGGCCUGCUCUUCAGCUGCCUAAGUUUCUCCGUGGUCUGAGGAACUGAGCUGGUACCAAGGAGGGGUUUCCACCCUGCCUCCUGCACCAGCUGUUAUUGCCUUCAGGGCCAGGACACAGGGGGCUCAGGGUUAGAAUCCUGGCUACUGUUCUGGUUGGGGAUGGACACACGGACACAUAGAGAGAGAUAGGGUCCAAGCCAAGAGCAGGCAUGGCCAGAUCGUCAAUGGGGUGGGUUUGGCAGGGCCGGGGCAACGUGGAACUUCACUUAUAGUAGAGAGUGGGUGUGUGUUCAGGGCACAGGUGCCUGAGAGUGGUUUUGAGAUGUGUGUCUGAGAUGAGCAUGCAUGGGCUACACUGACAGGAGGCUGGAGUGCAAUGGGGGAACCAAGUUGUCACCAGCAGUCAUUUGAGCUCCAAGUCUACCUAAGACCCCAAGUCCAGCCAGCUGCUAGUAUGUGCACAUGACCUGAUAGAUCCUGUGAGUGUGGAGGCCCAAGGCCCCUUUGCACUCCAGAUCACAGCCUGUCCCCAAGGCCCCUUUGUGCUCACUCCAGAUCACCCCCCCACGCAUGUCUUGAGAGCACCCUGCAGAACUAGCCCCUGAAGGGCAGAGAGAGGAAGGGGAGAAAGUGCCCCUCCCCACCUCCUGUCAAACUUGGCAUGGUGGGCCUCCCUCUCUAGUUCCUUGCUGUAGCCCCAGUCACAGCCUGGAUUCAGGGGCAUCAGGCAAAGGGGAAAGAAGAUGUGGAACUUGUGUCUAAAAGUGGUCACUGCCCUCCAUAGAGGAGCAUGCUCUCCCAGGAUAAUUCCAGGGCAAGCAGGGCCUGUACAGCCUGAAUCCUGCACCAUCAGGAAGGCAGUCUGCAGCUGGGUCCUGCCACUAUCCCUGCCCUCUCUCUGUGGGGAGGUAGCUAUGUCAGGGCUCAAGUACUUGGGCAGCCUAUUAGGCUUUUUUUUUUUUUUUUUUUUUAUUCUAAGAACAACUUUAAGGUGGGGGACAGUAAUGGAUGUGCUUAAUAAACCAAUUCCUGGCCUCGUUCA